UAUUAUUCCGGCAGAAAUUUGGUCGCUCAGGCUACGCUCCGCCCUCUGACUGCACGCAUCGCCUCCCACACUACUGAGCCUGCCUUUCCCCACGAAGCCAAUCGGAAUGGCCGUAUCGCAGCAACUCGACAGCGGCUACCACAGUCCGGCCUUUGACUCAUCGCAGCCACCGGUCAAGAAAAGAAAGCAGCACGACGGCGAUAGUGAGGAUGCUACUUUUGUCCGACGACAUCCACUCGGCGUGCGGCCAAGCGGCAACGCACUCACUUCCAGCGUCAACUUGAAACAGUCGGCGGGGCAUUUUGCACGGCUGCCAGAUGAAUUGAUCGCAGCAUUGCUUGAGAUCCUGCUGCCCCAGGAUCUCCUUCGUCUUGGUGGCACAUGUAGAGCAUUGCACGCCUUCACCAGGAAUGAAGAGUUGUGGCGAUCGCUAUUUGUGGAGUCAGCGCCCAAGAUUUUUUCUUGGAAAGGCACGUGGAGGUCGACAUACCUGUCACAGGAUGCAAGCAGGGAACCGAAAGUUGAUUGCUCGCAUCUCUUUUCCGACGUUCUUCAUCGCCCGUUCUUUUGUGCCAAUGUCCCACUGCAUCCCUACGCUAAGAACAUUCCCAAGCAAAAUAAAAUAUCGCGACUCUCCGAUCUAUCUCACGAAGAGUUUGCAGAGAAGUGGUAUGAUCGGCCAUUCAUUCUGACAUGGCCGGUCAAGCAGUGGCCCGUCUACAAGACCUGGUCGACAGACAGACUUGUCGAGAAGUACGCCGAUGUGCCCUUCCGAGCCGAAGCUGUGGACUGGCCUCUGAAGACAUAUGUUGAGUACAUGAACGACAGUCGGGACGAAUCGCCUCUAUACCUUUUCGAUCGCGCAUUUGCAGAGAAGAUGCAGAUUAAAGUCACGAGCGAGCCAUCACCAGAUGCGGAUUACUGGGAGCCAGCCUGUUUUGGACCUGACCUGUUCCAUCUGCUUGGCGAGCAAAGACCUGACCAUCGAUGGCUCAUAGUCGGGCCAGACAGGAGCGGAAGCACUUUCCACAAAGACCCCAAUGCCACGAGUGCAUGGAAUGCUGUACUAAAAGGCUCCAAGUACUGGAUCAUGUUCCCGUCAUCCCCUUCCAUACCUCCACCUCCGGGCGUCUUCGUCAGCGAGGAUCAGAGUGAAGUCACAUCUCCCCUCAGCAUUGCGGAAUGGCUUCUCGGAUUCCACGCCGAAGCACGCAGGACACCCGGCUGCAAAGAAGGCAUCUGCGGAGAAGGAGAGGUGCUCUAUGUGCCGUCUGGCUGGUAUCACCUCGUCCUCAACCUCGAAGCGAGCAUUGCCAUUACACAGAACUUAGUACCGAGAAGCAGACUUGGAGCUGUGCUACACUUUUUGAAUGGGCCCAAGUGCAAUAUCAGCGGUUUCAGCGACGAGGUGGAGGAUCCAUAUACAUUGUUCGUGGACCGGCUGCGAGAGCACGAUCCGCAACUGCUUGAGGAAGGAUUGAAAGAGAUGGAGCGACUCAGCAAAAUUGGCAAGGGCUGGGAGGAGCUUACCAAAGGUGCAAAGGAGGCCGACGGCGAAGAAAGCGGUUUCUCUUUCGGCUUCGGAGGUGACGAUGACGAGGAAGUCCCAUAG